ACCGGAACUUGGCAGUGUGACACUCGGCGGAAGUGAGCGAUACGCUGUCGUCGUUGCGAAUCUAAUCAUAUUUGCAAUCCAAGAAAAAUGUCUUCAGUUGAGUAUUUGAGAGAGUUUGUCAGCGAGCGACUAUCUGCUGCUGCUGAAGAGAUAUGUGGAGUUUUUGUAAAAACUAUCUUUGAGUACGAGGAAGAGAUCGACCGGCAGCGCAGACUGUUGGAUGUCGUUUGGAAACCACAUAUUAAGUUACACAGGCUAGAGCUCCCGCAGUCACGUGUCUGUAAGGAGGAGGAGGAGGUUCUCUGUGACCAGCAGCUCUGUCUCCAGGAGAGGAACCCCAGUCUGGACCAAGAGGACCCAGAUCCUCCACAGAUUAAAGAGGAACAGGAGGAACUGUGCACCAGUCAAGAGGGAGAGCAGCUUGAACCGAAGCAGGAGGCCGACACCUUUACGUUGUCUCCUACUUGUGAGGAAAGAGGCUACGGUGAAGAUCAACUUCUGGAUUGGUCUACUGACGAUUCUCAGAGUGUGGUAGAGGAAUCAUCUCUAGGUUACAUUUCAGUUGAACCAAACACUGAACACCAGCUUCUCUCUUACAACUCUCGUGAUGCUGAACGCGAAAUUCAGAAAGGAGGCAAACACGGAGACACUGAAUCAACUACAACUCGAGAGCCUAAAUUCAAUAAGAAAAAGCACAAAAGAGGCAGUCAAAGUAACGAUGUCUAUAACCCCACUAUGUCAACAAUGACCUGUAAUGCAAUCACAGGUAAAGAAUUUUUGCAAUGUGACAAAUGUGGACAACAUUUUAAGUAUAAGUCCACACUGGAGAGACACAUGAGAGUCCAUACAGGUGAGAAACCACAUCCGUGUAGCACAUGUGGAAAAAGAUUUGCUAGAUCAACUACGUUGAAAACUCAUAUGAGAACACACACAGGUGAGAGACCAUAUUCUUGCAUCACCUGUGGGAAGAUAUUCAGUCAGAUGUCGACAUUGAACAGCCAUUUAAAAAUACACUCGGGUGAGAAACCGUAUCCUUGCGUCACAUGCGGAAAAGUAUUCCGUCGGGCAUCUCUUUUGAGUUCUCAUUUAAGAAUCCAUACAGGUGAAAAACCGUUUUCUUGCAAAAUGUGUGGGAAAAAAUUCAAUCGAAAAUCAGUAUUGAUCACUCACGUAAGAAUCCAUACAGGUGAAAAGCCGUAUUCUUGCAACACUUGCGGGAAAAGAUUCAGUUGGAGCAAACUAUUAAAUGCUCAUACAAGAGUCCAUACAGGUGAGAAGCCUUAUUCUUGUAAGUUGUGUGGGAAAAGAUUUAGUUGGACAUCACAAUUGAGAACUCACAAAAGAGUCCAUACAGAUGACGAGUCAUAGCCUCGACAACUGUAGGAAAAUAUUCCUAAUAUAUAUUUCUUUCAUUGCAAAGGAAUAAAAGAAAGCAUUCUAUUAAAACCAACACAGAGCCAAAUUAAUGCAAAACUAGUGUGAAAAGUGUAUAUUAAAUAUCAUACUUGAUACAACAACCCAUAAAGAGGGAAACAGAAUGCUCACUAGUGUUUUUUCUCAGUAAAACCAAUAGACCUUUGCAAUGACAUAAUUUUUUUAUAGUUGCUGUAUUAAAAGUCAAAUAUUUUCCUUAAAGAAGGUCAAAAUAUUUUGUUUUAAUUAAGUAGUACUUAAUCAAGAAAGCCAUCAUUAUUUGGUUAAAUUAACUUGAUUAUUUCGUUCAUGUUAUUAUAUCAUUCGUGUUGAAUUUUGUGAUUGUUUCAGUUUCAUAUAAGGUCACUGGUGGAAAAAAUGUAUAUGUACAAAUGUCAUAAGUUUACAUGGUAAUAUUCAUCUGUGUUUUUUUGAAAGAACUUUGUUGGUCGCACUCAACAUGCUUCAUGUGAGGAGGCUCUUGGCGUCUGGGUAUUACGACAUGAGGACCUGGUAAAUAUCCUUGACUCUUGACAGUCUAAAACAAGGGUAACACAAAAUAUGUUUUUACUCCAAGGUAGUGUGAUAGUAUUAUGCAUGAUUUGGAAUGCACUGUAUAAAGCUGUGUGAAUUUCCUGUUAGUUUUUGGUAUGGAUAUGUGUAUGCAUGCUUCACCAAUAUCUACUCUGGCUAGAUUUGUAUUAUAAUAUCGUAAUAUAAUAAAGUAAAGAUGACUGGU